AUGGCUAACAGUGAAGCAUCAAAUCAUUCCAGUAGUAAGGCUAGUUCCGUUUUGAAGCAGAGAAGCGAAAAGAAAUGGAAAACUUUUGUAUCUGUAUAUGCGAGUAUCUUCCCAUAUUUACUCGUACCUGCACGUUCUCAACUCAGUUCAUUCAUUGGUAGCCAUUUAGAUAUGCUUAGACUGAUGGAAGAAGACCUUGAGAUUGGCGACAAAGAGGUGGCAACAUAUCGGCCGUCUGUUCCACUUGCCUCAUUUACUCUUACCCUUGCCCUUUCCAUCUCAAGAUAUGACAUUUGUCAAUGGAACAGGGGAAAGGGACAACUCGACCAUCUAACUGCUUUCCAUCCUUCCAAUCUUUCUUACACUUCCUGUGUUUUGCCGAAGCUACUACAAUGCAAUAAAAGCACUGCUAUUGAAGCUAUUACAAUAAAAGCACCUGCAUAA